AUGCAAGAGCCACAAGGUUUAAACUAUUCUGAUAACGGGAACUCAAGGAGCUUUUUAAAGGUGACUUUGGGGAGUGACAUCACAAGGCUCGAACAAAAUAUGGUUGAGAGGACACCAAGAUGGGAUGGAAAGGAGGAGCAGAAGAAAAUGAUGAAACCAGUUGCCAGGGUGGAGGAAGCCAAGCCGAACAUGACUGUGAAACCAGGGGUUUCUGCUGGAGGGAAUCCAGCAGGGCUGGAGGGAAUCAAGAAGACAACAGUGAAAACAGUCCCUAGAGUGCAGGGAAACAAGGAGAAAAUGGUGAGACCAGCUCCAGGGGUGGAAGAAGCCAAGGCAAAGGCAACAGUGAAACCAUCCUCUGAGGUGAAGGGAGCUCAUGAAAACAACAUAUCCAAAGACCAAACAAAGCCAGAAGAGCCUCCUGCAUCAGUGAAAACUGUAAGACCUCAGGCUACUGCAGUGAUAGAAAAGAAAAAACUGAGGGCUGCUGACUUCAAGUCUGAGCCACGGUGGGAUUUUGAGGACAAGUACUUGCUGGACAACUCAUCUCCACCAUCGACCUGCUCUGAAUCAGUGAAGGCCAAAGCUGCCAAGUCUGCCUGGCUGCGAGAUCUUUUCCUGCCCAACAUCAUGCUCUUCACAGACAAGAGAUACUUCAGUGACAGUGAGUGGGACCGCCUGGAGCAUUUUGCACCUCCGUUCGGCUUCAUGGAGCUGAAUUAUUCACUGGUAAGGGAGGUCAUGUCCCUGCUGCCCCGGAAUCCCCACCAGCAGCUACUCCUGGCCAACAGCAACAGCAGCGUGCCAACUUGUAUCAGCUGUGCUGUUGUGGGGAAUGGAGGAAUAUUGAAUAACUCUGGGAUGGGCAGGGAGAUUGACUCUCAUGACUACGUCUUCCGGGUGAGCGGGGCUGUAAUCAAAGGUUACGAAAAAGAUGUUGGAACAAAAACCUCCUUUUAUGGAUUCACAGCCUACUCCCUGGUGUCCUCUCUCCAGAUCUUGGGACACAGAGGGUUCAGCAACAUCCCAAGGGGAAAACAUGUCAGAUACAUUCACUUCCUGGAGGGAGCUAGAGACUAUGAGUGGCUGAAGGCUCUUCUGCUGAACAAGGACAUCAGGAAAGGAUUCUUAAAUCACUGGCAGAGGCCCCGGGAGAGAUUCAGUGAAGAUUUCACAAUGGACAAAUACCUGGUGGUUCACCCUGAUUUCCUCAGAUACAUGAAGAACAGGUUUUUAAAAUCUAAAACUCUGGAAAAGCCCUACUGGAGGAUUUACAGGCCCACAACAGGUGCCUUCCUGCUGCUGACUGCCCUCCAUCUCUGUGACCAGGUGAGUGCCUACGGCUACAUCACGGAGGGUCACAAGAAGUACUCGGAUCACUACUAUGACAAGGACUGGAAACGUCUGAUUUUCUACACUAACCAUGACUUCAACCUGGAGAAGCAGGUGUGGAAAAAGCUUCAUGAUGAGAAUAUCAUGAAGCUUUACCAGAGAUCCUGA